UUAUCCUUAAAACAUCGUAAUUAAAUGUAAAUCCCCCUAAAUUUUGCGGGUUCUAAGUGCCGUAUUUGUUCUUGAGAUGAAAAUAGUUUGCACGCUUAUCCCUAAAGCAAACCGAAGAAAAGGCAAAACCUGAGUUUGUGCUUGUGCCAACUCUUUGUUGUAGAUUUGGUGUCAUUCUUCUCCAUCGAAUCACUUAUCUUAAGGUUUUAUUUGUGGGGUUUAUCUAAAAUUGAUCUGAUGAUGGGUUUUGGUUCCUCUUUCUCCUCAUCGUCUAAUUUAUCUGCUUCAGCUCAACCCUUCACAGUUGAUCGUUCUGUAUCGAAACCCCUUGUGGAUUUGAGUGAACCACCUUUGAAUUGGCUUAAUACUCACCCUUUGUCUUUUGAUUCCUCUAUUAAAACUAGUAAUUUUGUCGAAGCCAAGCCUUAUUAUCCCUCUUUUAUAUCGCCCACCUAUGAUGACUACACUCAAUCCUUGACUAGCUUGUGGGACGGAUCAAACGCUUGGAAUUAUCCCAAAAACGAUAUCAACGUCUCUGAUUUUCCCGUUCACAAGGAUCAUAUGGAUGCAGUAGCACAUUCACCCAAGGUCCUACACCUGUGUGAAGAGAAAUCUCAGAUGCUUGGCUUUGACAAACUGGGAUCUUGUAAAAUUGAUGGAUUUGAUUAUAAAUCCUUCUCAGGGCAAAAUACCGAGUUCAUGCCUGUUGAGUAUUCAAGCAAAUCAUAUGUUGGACCCAGUUCAGUAUUCCCUGAAACCUAUUCUCUGGCAUCAUAUGAGAAAGUUAUUAAUCCAAAUGAUAUUACAUCAGUCAGGAAAUCUUCCCCUGGGCUUGUCAUUAGAGCACCAAAUACAACUUCAUUUAACAAUCAAGGAAUUGGCAGCCUUGAUCUCACUAUGGACUUUGCUGCAAAUAGUAAUUUAUUUGAAGGCAAAGUUCAUGUGGAUUCUAGUAAAGGAAACUGUAACCUAGAAGGGGAUAAUCUUAGUUUUUUGGAAUUAUCCACAGAAAAGAAAGAAAAGCUGUUGAGCAACAUAAGUGUGACUAAGGAUCCCUUCAGGACAAAUUCUGGACUUCAGGUCACUCAUAGUAGUCCAAGUGGUAAUGAAUCCUUGAAUUGUUUUGAGAAUUCUUCUGAUAGUUUAGAUCAUUUUAAUCAUGCUGUGGAUUCACCCUGCUGGAAAGGAGUUCCAAUUUCUCAUUAUUCUGCACUUGAAACCUGUGGGUCUGCCCCUCCACAACUUACAAAGACAAUAGAAGCAUGCAGUGGCUCCAAUCUUACUGGGCCAACCAAUAACACUAUAAAGUUUCAGAAACCAAGUGAAUUUCCAGUGCCUUCUCCAGAAAGAAUUUCUGUUGCUAAAAUGUUAAUUCAGGAAUUUGGAUCACUUGGUGAUGUGAAAGAAGGAUCCUACCCUCUGAAAUCAAGCUAUGGCCAUGGGUUUCAGCUUUCCGAUGAUAUUGAAGAAUCAAGAAAAGAAUAUGCUCUCUCCAAGAAGUCAUUCUAUGGGUUAAAUUUGAAACCUUUCCAUUCCACACAACAAAGUCUUGAGGAAGGUAAAUUGACUUCAGAAAGAAAGUGCAAAUCAGGCACUGGUGUUGCAGAUGUUGGGAUGAAUACUAGUGAUUUCUCAGAAGGUUGUUCAUUACAUGUGCCAUUCCAUGCUACAGAGCAUGUCUUGAGUUCACCUCCUGCUGUAGAAGCUGCCCCCUCUGAGCCUAGUAAAAUGUGUGGCAAAGAAUUAGCUCCUAAGAUUUGUGUCCAGACAUUGAUUAAUACAAUGCAGAACCUAUCAGAAUUGCUUCUAUCUUAUUGUUCAAAUGAAGCAUGUGAAUUGAAGAGCCAAGAACUUUCUGUCCUUAAGAAUGUGAUCAACAACCUUGAUAAAUGUAUAUUAAAAAAUUUUGGAACUGUGGUCCCAUCACAAGAAUCUUUGUUUCCAGAGAAAACUUCUGAAUUUCUCAGGGAGUUGCCUAAGCUUCAUAAGGGAGUGACCAUGAGUAAACCUCAGGUGACCAGGGCAGCAGCUGUUACUGAUCUGAAUCGCCAUCAUUAUCAGCAUGCCCAGGAGGGAAGGAAGCACUAUAUUGCAUCUGAUAAGUUAGAUGAUAAUCUUUGGAAUUUUGCUUCUUCGACGGAUGUUGUAGAUAGAGAGAAAGAUCGUAACAUGACGCAGGCAAUAAAGAAGAUUCUUAGUGAGAGUUUUUCUGAAGAGGAAGAAGCACAACCACAAAUACUCUUAUAUAAGAAUCUGUGGCUGGAGGCUGAAGCAGCAUUGUGUUCUGUCAAUUAUAAGGCUCGCUUUAAUCAAAUGAAGAUUGAGAUGGAGAAAUGCAAGUCUUUUAAAUCGAAAGAUUUGUCUGAAAACACUACAGUUGCUUCAGAAGUAUCAAAAAAUAAUGCAGGGGUGGAGAAAAUAUCAUGUUCCUUUUCUCCUGAUAUAAACAUGUCUGAUGAAUUGAAGCCUGAGGUUAAUGAUGAUUCAAUUCAGGAUGUUCCUGUUACCGCACCUCUGAUUGUAACCACAGGCGAUCAUCCUCAUGAUGUCAUGGCCAGAUUUAAUAUUCUGAAAUGCAUAGUGGAAAGUGCAAACAAUACAACAGCUAUAGAUGCAUCUAAGCUAUCAAGCUCCCAAGUUUCUUAUGAUCUGAAUGAGUAUGACAGAAUGGCACCUGCAGCUAAGGAUGAUCAAACCCCUGACCUGUCAUCCUGGGGUUUGCCUGUCUUGAGCCCAACAAUUCUUCAUGAUAAUCCUGAGGCUUCCAUCAUGGCUAGAUUCCAGAUCCUCAAAAACCGUGUUGAUAAUACAGUUUGUGCAAAUACAGAUGGUGUACUCCCACAAACUUUCAAUCUUGAUUUUGCAGGAGUGAAAAAGCAUGAGCCAGCUGAGGAUGAAGUUUUGGACAGGAAUAUGGAACCUAUCUCGUUGCAUAACUUUUCUAGCCAUGUUGAAGACAAGUUAACAACGGAGUUCUGUCUACAUGUUAAGGAUGAUCCUGUGAUCCACGUUCACAGGACGGACAGGUUGGGAAAUCAACUUCCUGGUUCUCCUUAUGAUAGUUCAUCAUCGGAUUGGGAACAUGUGUCGAAGGAAGAGUUGCCAGGGCAGAAUUGUUGAAGCCUGCAGUGGACAUUGGUUACUACUACUUCAAGGGUCAAGUCUCUAUCAGAAGUAUAGAAAGGAUCUUUGCUUUCCUUGAAUCUACUGCUCUGUGUGUCUCUUGCAUACUAGUUCUGGUUCUGAACUUACGACUAUCACUUGUGAUAACUGAACAUAAAAGUGUGUGGCCUUAAGUAGACUUUUUAUAGACAAUUGAACAUAUAAAUGGAGCUACUUGAUCAUAUUAUCAACUUAAUCCCUAUAAAAUUCAGUUUUUUUUCUUUUUUA